AUGCCGCAAGUUGUUUCCAAAAGCUUCUGUUGGUAUAGAAUGAGGGCACCAGAUCGUGAUAUACUUCACGAGAUACCAAAUGCUGCAAGAAUUAUGAAUCAGGAGCAUAGUGAUGAUCAUCCAAUACACUGCCCUAGAGAAAGAAGUAGAAUAGCUUGGAAGAUCAUUCGAGAGUCUUUGAUGCCAUAUGUGGAGAAUGAAAAAUAUACCAUCUCAAGAAGGUAUGGGCUUCACCCUGACAAUGAUAAGUACAAAGAUCAGGAACAGCAUAAAUCUCGCAUCAAUACAAAUGAAUGGCAGUGUGGAUACUGUGAAAAAACUUUCUACAAAGAGAAACAUAUUGAUCAGCAUUCUGACAACAGACUUUCCAAUUUACUUAAUUUGGCAUGA